GGAAGCAGUCGCUGCAACGUCCAGGUGGUGCUUGUAUGCCUGGUGCGGGAGCGUAGGGACCCAGAGACUGCUUGAAGUAGUAGUGGGUGCACCAACAUGUCCCGUGGUUCCAGCGCUGGGUUUGACCGCCACAUUACUAUUUUUUCGCCCGAGGGUCGGCUCUACCAAGUAGGUCUUGCAAAGUUACCCAGGCUGUGAUUGAACUUGUGAUCCUCCUGCCUUAGCCUCCCAGAGUGCUCAGGUUACAGGUAUGUGCCACCCAUGUACAACUGCACUUAGGUGUUUCUGUAAGCAGUGCUGUCAGAAGAAACAAUUGGCUAAUGUGAAAGAAGACCAAAGUUUCACAAAAUAUGCUUUUAAGGCUAUUAACCAGGGCGGCCUUACAUCAGUAGCUGUCAGAGGGAAAGAUUGUGCAGUAAUUGUCACACAGAAGAAAGUACCUGAUAAAUUACUGGAUUCCAGUACAGUGACUCACUUAUUCAAGAUAACUGAAAAUAUUGGCUGUGUGAUGACUGGAAUGACAGCUGACAGCAGAUCCCAGGUACAGAGGGCACGCUAUGAGGCAGCUAAUUGGAAAUACAAGUAUGGCUAUGAGAUUCCUGUGGACAUGCUGUGUAAACGAAUUGCUGAUAUUUCUCAAGUUUACACACAGAAUGCUGAAAUGAGGCCACUUGGUUGUUGUAUGAUUUUAAUUGGUAUUGAUGAAGAACAAGGCCCCCAAGUGUACAAGUGUGACCCUGCAGGCUACUACUGUGGGUUUAAAGCCACUGCAGCAGGUGUGAAACAGACUGAGUCAACCAGCUUCCUUGAAAAAAAAGUGAAGAAGAAAUUCGAUUGGACAUUUGAACAGACAGUGGAAAUUGCAAUUACAUGCCUGUCUACUGUCCUCUCAAUUGAUUUCAAACCUUCAGAAAUAGAAGUUGGAGUAGUUACAGUUGAAAAUCCUAAAUUCAGAAUUCUUACGGAAGCAGAGAUUGACGCUCACCUUGUUGCUCUAGCAGAACGAGACUAAACAUCAUCAUUAGUUUACCAAAUCCAUGAAGCCACUUGCCUGUGUGUUCACUAACAGACCAACAUCAUGGAGGCCCUUGGAUUGAAAGAAGAACCUCUCCCACUCCUCCUGCCAUCCAUGUGGUUAGGACUAUAAAUAAAACCAGUGCUUUUGGAAAAUAA